UCAAAAAAACCAGCCAGCAGGGUCUCAGCAGCCUGAGAGUCUCUGAGGGGUGACAGGUCUGACGUGGGGGCACGGCAUCCAUGAAGACCCGUGACUAAAGAAAGGAGCCCCGAGAACAGGAAGAGAAAGAGAGAAGCAGGGGUGUUAUCCCAGAGGGAUGACAGGAGCAGCCCCAGCCAUCUUACUCAGGAAGAAAGACACGUAGAGGAUGGAGCAGGGAGCGGCGAGGGAAGAAGGCAAGGAGGAAGGUUUGAUCGAGUUCUAUGACUCCUUCAAGGACAUGUUUGAGUUCUUCUGCAAGAACACGACCAUCCACGGCACCAUCCGCCUCGUGUGCUCCGGCAGCAACAGGAUGAAAACGGCCUUCUGGACCCUGCUCCUCCUGGCCAGCUUUGGGAUGCUCUACUGGCAGUUUGCCCUCAUGUUCAGCCAGUACUGGGCCUACCCCGUGGUCCUGACCAUGUCCAUGCACUCGGAGCCCAAGAUGUUCCCAGCAAUCACCAUCUGCAACCUGGAUCCCUACAGGUUUGAGCUGGUCAGUGAGCACUUGGUGCAGCUGGAUCGCAUGGCAGAGGAAUCCAUCACCUUCCUGUAUGGCAUCAACACCUCAGCCAGGUUAUUCCACAUGACUGAUGGGAAUAUCCGUGUCAAGGACUUGUCCAGCAUGGGGAACCUCAGCAGGUCGAGCUUCAAGCUGAGCCAAAACUUCUCCCUCCUGAGAACGACUGACCUGAGGUCAGGGAAGAAACAUUCCAGUGUGGGCUUCAGGCUGUGCAAUGCCACGGGUGGGAAUUGCUUCUACAAGACCUAUUCCUCGGGGAUGGAUGCGAUCCUUGAGUGGUACAGGUUCCACUACAUGAAUAUCAUGUCCCAGCUGCCGGUUAUAAUCAACAUUUCUGACCACGAGGAGCAAAUAGAAGACAUGGUCUACUCCUGCCAGUACGAUGGGGAGCCCUGCAGACCCAGUGACUAUGUCCACUUUCACCACCCUGUUUUUGGGAGCUGCUACACUUUUAACAGCAAGGGGACAGACCCUUUUUGGACAGCUACAAAGCCAGGAAUUCCUUAUGGCCUUUCCCUGAUCCUGAGGGCGGAGCAGAAGGAUCACAUCCCGCUGCUGUCCACGGUGGCGGGAGUGAAGGUGAUGAUCCACAACCACAACCAGACCCCCUUCCUUGAGCACGAAGGCUUUGACAUCAGACCAGGCAUUGCCACCACCAUUGGCAUCCAGCAGGAUGAGGUGAAUCGCCUGGGUGGCAAUUAUGGGAAGUGCACAACUAAUGGGGAUGAUGUGGAUGUGAAGCUGCUGUACAACAACUCCUACACCCUGCAGGCUUGUUUGCAUUCCUGCUUCCAGCACAUCAUGGUUCAGAAGUGUGGCUGUGGCUAUUACUACUACCCCCUGCCCCCUGGGGCUGAGUACUGUGACUACAACAAGCAGCCUGCCUGGGGGCACUGCUUUUACCAGCUCUACAACAGGCUCAGAAAUCACCACCUGAACUGCUUCGACCAGUGCCCCAAACCCUGCAGGGAAUCCCUGUACAAGGUGUCUGCUGGGACAGCAAAGUGGCCAUCAGCAAAGUCUCAGGACUGGGUCCGCCAGGCUCUGAGGCACCAGAACGGAUACAACUCCACCAGCAACAGGAGGGACAUUGCCAAGGUGACCAUCUUCUACCAGCAGCUCAACUACCAGUCUGUGAACGAGUCUCCUCUGCUCUCAGAGAACCUGCUGCUGUCCAGCAUGGGGAGCCAGUGGAGCCUCUGGUUUGGCUCCUCAGUGCUGUCUGUGGUUGAGAUGUUUGAGCUGCUCAUCGACACCCUGGUCCUGUCUCUCCUCUUCUGCUACCAAAGGCUCAGGUCCAAGAAGACCCUGAGAGUGGCUCACACUGCCACUGUCCCCAGCGUGAGCCUGGCCCUGGAGAACUACAGAGUUGUGCAGGAAGAGGCUAGGAAAGGGGAGGAUUCUGCUCAGGGUCCCCCCUCUGGGGUGGCUGUUGCCAGGGCCAGCAGUGGGGACCUGCCCCUUCACCCUCCCUCCAGCAAGGGGGGAAUGGCUGAGAGCUGCCCUGAGGUGGUGCUGGGGGGGUUUAGGGACACACAGGACAGCAGUUUGGGAGGGGAACUGAAGAGCUGAGGGGGUGUCUGUGUGCCUGGAGAAGUGGGAGACUGGGAACUCCUCUGCUGCUGCCAGGAAGGUGCCAAACAGAGACAUCCUGGAUCGACGGCCUGGGAGAGCCUCCACACCUCCCUGGGCCUGGAAAUCCUCCUCCAGCUGCUGCAGGUUCCCUGCUAACCCAUCCAUGAGACCUGGAUCCAGGGUUAGUGGAUCCUGAGGAGCCUCUGGGGAGGGCAGAGCUGCACUUCUGCUCUUGGGACAGUCCUUGAGUUCCCUCACAAAAGCCUGUUCACAGCUCCUAAUUUCUGAACCCCUGGGAGGAAACCAGCCUGUGGCUUCAGGCAGGCCCAUCUACAUUUCACAGACGUGCUCCAGCCUGGCUGUUCAUGGAAAGAAUUCCAGUGGAG